CCCAAAGCAACACGCUGUCGUUUCCACGCAUUUCAUGGAGGGUUUCGGGAAGAAGCUCGUUGUAAUCCAAUCGAAGUAGAAAUCAAAAUCAUCUAAGAACUCGAUGAUUGGAUUCCACUAGUAGAGAAAUUCAAAGAGUUGUUUAUGGAAUCGAAAACGAAUAGAAAAAUGGCAUUAUCUGCCAUUGAUGGCGGUGGAAAAAUCAUCGAGAAUGAGGUUGAUGUAGUAAAGAACACAGAUUCGAUGGACCAUUGGGAUUUUCUGGAGGAAAUCGAAGCACCGAUGUGGGCUGAUCUCCGUUUAUGCGAUUUGAUCAAUGAUGAGAUUGAUGAUCCAUGGUUCGACAUAAGCCAUCAGUUCCAUCAAUGUUCUUCAAGCCAGCUACUUUCUAGAGUGUUCCAUUCUGGCAAGGCAGGGGGUUCAAACUCGAUAAGCGUACAGGAACCAUCUUCUCCGAAGCUCCCUUCAUCGGUCUCAAAAUCGAGAGGUAAAAGCUACAAAACCAAGGAAUGGGGACAGAGAAGGUGCAUGGCUACCUCCAAUAAGCAACAUCCAGUCAAGGCCUUAAUUAGUAAGUCUUCUAGGAGCAUAGAAUCAAGUAACACGGAAAAACCAGUUUCGAGGACCGGAAAAGUAAAAGAAAAUGAAGGCUUGAAAGCAUGUUCCAGUUGCGAAAGUGGUCUUACUGACACCUCUCGGCCAAAGUUCGUAAAAUCCAGUUCAUGCUCUUUAGCAAGACAGGAACAAGAACAGGAAAACAGUUCACAGAGCACUGUUACGUUUGAUCGCAGUGAACGCCAAGAAAAUAAGGGCUUGGAGGUUUCUUUUCAAACAUCAAGCCAAACUAGUGGGCUUUUGUCAUCCCUGAGGAUCAGUCUCAGAAGAAGUUGUGCCACAAGACCAGCUGCAAGGGUGGUAGCAAAUGGUGGGAGGCAGUCAGAAGGCUGCAAAUCAUCUUCAAAUAAAUCAAGUGUGGGUUCCCCUUUGGACCAGGGUUCUGUCAGUAAGAAAAUCACUAUUGGAGAUGCACAGAACAAACUCAUAACUCGCAAUCGCAUAAAUGUUGCAAGAGUCUCUCAACCACCAAGGAACAAGUCAAAAGCUCCAAAUGCGACGAAGGCCCCUGCAUCAAAUGUUCGUAAUCUAUCUAAUAGACAAGGAAAUAAAACUCUCGCUUCCAAAGUAACAACCAAGGGAAAGGUUCAACAGCAUACAUCGGUUGGAAAGGUUCUGAUGCCACACAAGGUUAAUGAACAGCGUCAAAUGGUUGAUAAAGAAGCUGGGAAAGUAGGCGUUGGCAGGCGUACUACUUUCUUGACUGGUAUUAAAGAAACUGCAUCGGCAACAAUGGCUACCAGUCAGAAGACUAAAUCUAGUGAUAAGGCAGCUCAGUCCAUGGGGCAUGUGCAGAGAGCUUCUAAGCAGAGUUUAACACAGAAGAAUGGCGGUAUAAAGCUAAUUGGCCUAAAGGAAACGACCAACAACCGAAGCAAAGAUAAGGAUACCGCCAAUCCAGCUCGUAAGGUCUACUUUCGGUAGCAGACUUUGACAUAAGUACAUAUCGUAAACUUCAGUGUAGCAGCAAGAUCUCUUCCUGAUUAUGGGUUACUCACAUUUUGUUAGUAUUCAUCCCUUCUAACAGAGGAGAUUGCACCCAUCGAGUGUAUCUUGUUAUUUUGUAUUACUUGAUAUUGAAUCCGAAGAAAUGGUUCCC